GUUAGAUAGCGAUAGCGUUUUUCUGUUGCUAGUGUGUUUACGAUUAUUUUUAAUGCAACUGGCACAGAAAGACAGGCGGAACAGACAUUAUGGGGAUGACGAUUGCAAUAUGGCUUCUAAUGAUGUCAUUCAUAGCAUCUGAUGUGGAUUGUCAAAUAUUCAAUAGUGUGAACACAUCGUUGGGACCUGUAAGGGGACUGAAGACAUCUGUCCUAACCGGAAACAUAUACCAGUUCCGUGCAAUUCCUUAUGGAAAAGCUCCGAUGGGAGAACUAAGACUUCGCAAACCGGAACCAUUCGGGAAAUGGUCUGGAACCUAUGAUGCAACGAAAUUCGGUCCAAGUUGUGUGCAGGAUAUGAAUACAUUUAGAGUUGGAGAUAAUUUCUUACCCAACUACAACAUCUCCGAAGACUGUUUGCAGCUCAAUAUAUUCGUUCCAACAUCAGCGUCUCCUACCAACAGGAAGUCUGUGAUAGUGUGGCUGUACGGUGGUGCUUUUGUGUCUGGACAAAGCGGUCUGUACGACGGUUCUUAUUUGACCUUUAUUGGUGACGUCAUAGUGGUCACUUUGAACUACCGUGUUGGUAUUCUAGGUUUUUACAGUACAGGGGAUGACGCUGCACCUGGUAACUAUGGACUGUGGGAUCAGUUACUGGCAAUAAGAUGGAUAAAAGACAAUAUUGAGGCUUUUGGUGGAAAUUCUAACUCCAUAACACUGUUUGGCGAAUCAGCAGGAGCUAUGAGCGCGUCUAUUCAUGCUCUUAACCCAAACAAUAAAGGACUCUUCCACAGGGCAAUCUUUGAGAGUGGAACAGCGAAUCAGGAAGCCGCAUUUAACCUUGAGAUUCCUGCAUAUGCUCAAGAGUAUGGUAUUCUUCUUAACUGCACAAAUGAUAACAACAAACACCCUAACACAACUGAGAUGGUGGAUUGCAUUCGCACAAGAUCCGUACAAGAAAUAUUAAAAAGUCAACAAGAGCACGUGGUGAAGAAAUACGGUGAGUUCAUCCUGGAUUUCAGCAUAUUCCCGGUAGUGGACGGAGACCUAAUUCCAAUUCAUCCCAUGAUUAUUAUUAAGAAUGCCUCCUCGCCAGCAUACCAGUUCCUUCAAUCUCUUGAUGUUAUUGGAGGAACAAACAGCGGAGAAGGCUCACUGUUGAUAGAUUACCAUGGGAAAAGCAUGGAAAGGCUUUGGGGACUGAACUUAACAGAGGGCAUAUCAACUGACGAUUUCUGUUCCAAAAUAGCAACAGAAAUUGCCAAGGACUUCUAUCACAACCGUUUGCAUGUAGCUAAGGAGAUUUGUCUGAUGUAUACGUCUGAUGUUAGUGACCAAGACCAAGCACUAAAUGUUACUAAGAUGUAUGGCGAUAUGGUGAUGCAGGCUCCAACUGUCUCCUACCUUGACAGACAUGCCAAAGACAACACACAAAGCAACACAUUCCAGUAUCUUUUAUCCCAUGAAAACUGUAUAAAGUACCACCGGGAUCCAUCUUGGUUCAAGGGUUUUCCACACGCCAGUGACCUGCCCUACUUGUUCAGGCCAAAUUACAUUGGUACACUGAUCAAUGCGGAUUGUCCUGAGGAUACGAAAUUGUCUGACAGAUUUAUCAAAUACUGGAGUAAUUUUGCGAAGACUGGCGAUCCGAACGGUGCUGGACUACCGGACUGGCCUAUGUAUAACCUGACGAGUUAUAGGUACUUGAACCUGAACAACAACGCCACUGAUGAAGGAAGAUUGUAUUGGGAUAGAGUUCAAUUCUGGAACAUCCACUUACAAUACGCAAGGAUGGACAAAAUAAACAGCAGUGACACGCAAAUCAACGGCAGCUAUAGCCAGAUUCAUUAUAGCAGCAUCGUCUACAUUGUAACAGCACUGCUCGUGGUCUUCCUGGUGCCGAGAGGCGUGCUGUGAACAAUCGUUGUACACUCAGUUAAUCAUUAUAUAUAGACAUAUAGAUGACAAUGAUUACGUUGAUAAAUGAACUGUUGAGAUACCAAAAUAACUUGUACAUGCACAUCAACACAUCAGUACAAGAUUAAAUAAAAUAAAAACAUAGUAUUUGAUGUAUUUUGCUUAAACAACUGAUGUUCGUUCUCCAACGUGUUCAAAUCAGCAUACAAAUUUAUUUCAAUUAGUUUGUAUUAAGCAUAAACCUGUGUAAAUAACACUCUAUUCAG